AUGGCUGGAGGAUGGGGUUUCCCGAUGCUCCUGCUUGCCCUGCUGGUCCUGCAGGACACGGAGGCUGUGAAAGUGAGGAACAUGAUGACCCAGGUUAACUUUUAUCACCGGGCUGAGACGCUGCAGCAGGAGGGUGGGCAGUUCAUGUUCGACUUCGAUGGGGACGAGAUCUUCCACGUGGAUCUGGAGAAGGCGGAGACCAUCUGGCGCCUACCUGAGUUCGGGGAGUUCGCCAGCUUCGAGGCCCAGGGAGCUCUGCAGACCGUAGAUGUAAUGAAACACAACAUGGAGAUUGCCAUGAAGAGGAGUAACCGCUCCCAGGACACGAUCGAGCCACCUGAGGUCACAGUGUUUUCCGAGGACCCUGUGGAGCUGGGCGACCCCAAUGUUCUCAUCUGCUACGUGGACAAGUUCUGGCCACCCAUGAUCAGCAUCACGUGGCUGAAGAACGGCCAGAAGGUGGUAGACGGUGUCUUCGAGACCGUUUACUACCCACGAGAGGACAACGCCUUCCGCAAGUUCUCCUACCUGCCCUUCGUGCCCACCCGGGGCGACUACUACGACUGCCGGGUGGAGCAUUGGGGGCUGCCCAAGGCCCUGCUCAAGCACUGGG